GGGGGAUGGAGGAGGGAAGGAAGUCAAGGAGAGAGAGAGAGGUUUUCACAAAGUGUUUGGCAAAGUCCCUCUCAGUCCAGCACAGCCUCUCAAGAGGGAGUCAAGAGGGACUGGUUCUCACUGAUCAGGUAGGUGUGUGUGUGUGUGUGUGUGUGUUUGUGUGUGCAUGAGUAUUGUAUGUGUGUUUUCUUGUUUGUGUGCAUGUGUGUGUGUGUGUGUUUUAAACAACCAAAUGUUAUAGGAAAUGGGGAGAACAGAAAAUAAACUAACAUCUAUCUUUUUUCUUUUUCUUUUUUGCAUCAAAGGAUACUUGUUCCACAUUUCCCUGUACAUAGUGCUGGUUUGGCACCAGAGUGGAUACGUAUACAAAGACUACACUCAGAAAAAAAGGUGCUAUCUAGAACCUAAACGGGUUCUUCGGUUGUCCCCAUUGGAGAACCUUUUGAAGAACACUUUUUGGUUCAAGGUAGAACCCUAUUGGGUUCUAUGUAGAACCCUUUCCCCAGAAGGUUCUACAUGGAACCCAAAAUGUUCUACCUGGAUCAAAAAGGGUUCUACCUGGAACCAAAAAGGGUUAUCCUGUGGGGACAGCCGAAGAACCCUUUUGGAACCCUUUUUGCUAAGAGUGUACAUUCAUUUAUAUAUUCUAAUAUUUUUUACAAGUGGAUCCAUUACUUGAUGAAUAAAGAACCUUAAAUACUGCCCCUGCAGUAACGUACAGUAUUUAACAUGCAGUAUAUCUAGUGUUUUUGCUUGUUUUCAUAACUGUUUUGUGUGUGUGUGUGUGUGUGUGUGUGUGUGUUUGUGUUGUUCAUGGAAUUGAUCCCCUGUAGCUCUCCUCUCUUUUUAUGUGGUGAUAGAUUACAUUUUGAUAGAUUACAUUUUACUUGGGACUGUUUAUGGUGUUUUGAUACGUCCAUCUAUAUUUUCCAGUCAUUCUCCAUUAGAGUAGAUGUAGAAAAUGAUGUUAUAGUGUAGAGUCCAGGAGUACAUUAUGUACUAAUGAUCUGGCAGCAGGAAUACAUCACUUUCAUAUGUGUUGUUUUUACAAAGGGGGGCAGAGAAACGUCUUGAUGGUAAUUUAUGAGUUUCAACUCCCAAAGGUAGAGUAUGGGUCCUUUACAAUGUUCUCUCAUUUCUUUGGGCCCCUUUCUUGUACAGUAGGGUCAGGUUGGUCAAUGAUCAUUUGGAGUCUUUCCCAGUAUGUUCAGGUAGGUUCACAUUUCUGAACUCUGGGUAAGUCUCCUCAAAUUUUUUCCCUCUCUUUCUCUCCUUUUAGCUGCAGCAGACUUCUGUGUGAAUUCUUUCCUGCGUGUGUGUGACCAUGCGUGGUGUGUGUGUGUUCUUUUUGGCGUGCAUCCUGACGCUAUCCCUCGCCAUGCCAGGCAGGCAGGACCCGUUUCUCUGGCUGUCCGCCCUGCAUGGUCGCGGUUACGCCGAGGGCUCCCUAUUGGCCGACACCACCGGGGGGGAGUGUCCUGAGGAGUGUGACUGCCCGCCCUCCUUCCCCAUCGCUAUGUACUGUGACGGGCGGGGCUUGACAACCAUGCCCACCGUGCCCUCCAGGAUGAAGUACCUGUACCUGCAGCACAACGAGAUCACCGCCCUGCCAGACUCCGCCUUGGCCAACGCCACCAACCUAGUCUGGGUCAUGUUGCAUCACAACGCGCUGUCUACGGACAAAAUCGGCAAGAGGGUAGGUUACUCUAUACAACACGACACGUCACAGCACGUCACGAUACGAUACGACACUAGGCUACACUACACUAGUCUACACUACACUUCGAUCAACCAACCAAUACAUAGAUUACAACAUACUUUUAUCCUCAUUGUAUUCCAGGCUUUUGCCAAGCUGCAGGGGUUGGAGCGUCUGUACCUUCAACAUAACAACCUGACUGGUGUUCCCCCCAACCUGCCACACUCACUACGAGACCUCAGACUCAACAACAACAACAUCAACAAGGUAACAACAUCAUUCAGACCCUUCAUCACUGCUGCACUUUCAAACACUUUUAUUCUUCUUCAUCUGUAUUCAGUCUUUAUUUUGAUUGUAAAGUGCAUCCAGAUGUUUUUCAAUCAAGUGUCCAAGAGGCAUGUGAAAAAACACACUCUUGGAAAGACCACAAGCAUCCCGGGCUUCCUUACUGUUUUAUGCAAUCAUUUCAAUAAAGUUUGUUUUGUUGUGGUUGCCUAGAUAAUGCCAGAGGCCCUGGAGGGCAUGGACAACCUGACCAUCCUGUAUCUCCAUGACAACGCUCUGACGGAGAUGGGCACGUCUCUUAGGGGGUUGAACUCACUCACACUGCUCGACGUCAGCGGCAACAAGCUGAAGAAGGUACCGUAGUGUAGAGGGUGUGUGCGUGUCUGUGUGUGUGUGCAUUUCACUUUUCUGCCUUCUCUUUGUGAAUCACUUAGUGAAAAAUGCUUUUGUAAAAACACAUUAUAUGAGUACAUUUUUAUUGAUUGAGUGAUCUAUUGACUGACUGACUGACUGAUUGAUCACCCCAGGUUCCAGACAGCCUCCCAGAGCGCAUCCACCAGCUGUACCUGGAGUCUAAUGCCAUUAGCGCUGUCCCAGAGGGAUUCCUCAGUAAGUUCUCCCAGCUGCAGUACAUCCGCAUGGGCCACAACCAGCUGACGGACAAGGGCAUCCCCCCCAACACCUUCAACGUGACUGGCCUGGUGGAGCUGGACCUCAGCUUUAACCAGCUGGAGAGGAUCCCCCUCGUCAGCCAGACGCUGGAGCACCUCUACCUGCAGGCCAACCACAUUAAAGGUGUGUGUAAUUAGUGAUGUCUGACAACCUAAUUAAGCAUAAUCAAAACGGAUUUAUCAGCUAGCGUCAUCUCAUCAUGACAUGAACUACGGAGGCCCAUGAUGAUCAACAGCAUCCACAUUUCAUAUCCUAAAAUUGUAUAUAGUAUGCAUGUUUGCAUGCAUGCAAGCAGAACAUACACAUGCACAUGUAUGAGCACACAGCAUCUUGGCUGUCCAUUGAAGUCCAUGAUGACAAUGCUCCAUUGAGGUUGGGGGGAAGGGUAGGUUACAGUAAGGCUUCUGGUCCUUGGGACACUUCAUGUGGCUGGGCAGCAUAGUGCGGCUGUGGUGCACAGAUACCCUUACACUAUGCUGCAUGUAGGACACAUGUCCAGAGUCUAAUGAUGUGAUUCCAGCAGCACUUUGAAGUUGUUUGAAUGCCACAAUUUAAACAAUAUCUUUCUGUCUCUUCUCUUCCUUCCCUCUCUCUUUGUAGAGUUUACCCUGGGUAGUUUCUGUAGUGCCGUGGACGUGAUGAACUUCUCCAAACUGAGGACGGUGCGUCUGGAUGGGAAUGAGAUCAGCACCGGGGAUGUCCCCUCCAACUCAGUCCUUUGUCUGCGCUUGGCCAACACCAUCGAGGUGUAACACUCCCAUCUCACCACCGGGCUGCAGUACCAUCGAGGUGUAACACCACCAGAAUGCAGCAUUUCCACUACACAUCUGCAACCCUAUUUCCCGAACAGAGGGCAGCAGUCUGAUUGUCACUAGUUACCACAGCCCCAAAGUCAUAAUUAUGGCUAAACC